AUAAACUUACAUUAAAAUUAUAUAAAAGAUCACAGACUAUAUGUUCCAUGUAGGUGCUUUCUCUGUUAGCUAUCUAAAUAAAAACUAGCAUUAAUGGACUUAGAAUUGAUGAAUCGCAUAUAUGUUGGAUGGAUAUUGGGAAAUUUCAGCAACUAACGAGUGAAUGAAUUUCCAUUGUCUGAAACUGUAGUAUAUUUCUUUAUGAAUCAGGUAAAAUUAAAUAUGAAAACACUGUUGGAAUUUGUGUUCUUGAACAUAGCAACAGGUGCGCGAACAAAUGUUGACAUGACAUUACAAUACCUAAAGGAUAACAUGUGUAGAUGAUAACUGUAAACACAUUCGUCAAUUCCGUUUGAAUCAGUAAAUAAAGGAGCGAUGAGCAAUUCAGAUUCUCUAGUAUUUUCUGUUCCGGUUACUGCUAUUAUUGGAAGUUUGAUUGCAAUAUGUAUAAUACUUACAAUUUUUGGUAAUUUUAUUGUUUUGUUGGCGUUUAUUAAAGUGAAGAAUCUGCGAACUUUCAGUGAUUAUUUGAUCCUAAACUUAGCAAUAUCGGACUUGAUUAUAGGAGCUAUAUGUAUUCCUUUUUACGCACCGUACGUGUUGACUGGUAGGUGGUCUUUGGGACACGGAAUGUGCCUCUUUUGGCUUGUGAUUGAUUAUAUUACACCGGCGGCUUCGGCUAUAAAUAUAUUCAUCAUAAGUUUGGACCGUUAUAUACAAGUUGCAUAUCCGCUAUGGGCAAGGAACAAUCAAACAACGACUUUACUAGUUAUAUUUAUUCUUAUUCCAUGGGUUAUACCAACGUUGUACUUUGUUCCAGCCAUUUGUCUUUGGGAGGUGACAAAAGGGCGCGUAAUACCGGAUGGAGAAUGUUUUUUGCCUUACAACAGUAAUGUGACCGUCCUUUCGAUUGGUGCAUGCAUCGAAUUUUUAUUUCCAUUUGUAACAGUUUCUUCCUUCAAUUUGCUUGUAUAUUUAAGCAUCCGAAGAAGAAGUAAGAAAUUUUGGCCAUCCAUUCCAAAUUCUCGACAAAUUUCGACGCCCCGUCCUCCACCAUCGUCCUCAGAGACAGGACCAUCUAGAAUUGUAAUGGAUGAACAGGAAAUGAUUGUUACUACCGGUAAGUCUGACAAUAACCACCAGAAAAUUGCCUUACAACGGGACAGAAAGGCGGCUAGAUCUCUCUUUAUUUUCGUGUUUAUGUUUGCAAUCUGUUGGAUGCCAUACGAGGUUUUAGCUACAACAAGUACCAUUUGUGGAGGGGAUUGUAUUAACUCUGUAUUGUUUGAGUUUACUUUUUGGAUUCUAUGGUUGAAUUCGACUAUUAAUCCAAUUUUAUAUCCACUUCUUCACUCAAGAUAUCGCAUCGCAUUUUAUAAAAUACUCUCAGUGAAGCAAAACACUGUUGGUCCGAUGAUACAAUCUAUUCAUUCUUAAAUGUGCCAUUCUUUAUGAGUGUCCUAAAACAUAUUGUUUAGAAGCCGUACAAGGUUUAUACAUAGAUUCAACUUUACUAUUUGUCUGAUAUGUAACUUUUAACACGUUAACUUAUGUAAAUAAUGUGCACUGACAGGUUGGAUUGCAACUACGGCUGAGUUUACCAUCCAUUGAUAACAUGAAGUAAUAGUCUCUACAAUCAUCCUCCCUUUUCCAAUCACUGGAAUGGACGCUACAUUACCAAUUAUAAAAAAAAGACUUUUUACAUGCUUUAUACAUACCAAAAUUAUAAGUUUAUGUUUUGUCUGAAAAAUUCAGACAGAAAUAGGUUUUAAAAUUGACAGACAUUUCCAUAAUAUAGCUGCAGUAAAUAUAGUGUAGUUGUUAUACACAUAACGGCUUACAUUGGAGGGAAAAACUCAUAUUAGUCAACUAUUUCCGCGAUUAUUACUUUCUCCGGUGAUAUAAUUAUCUUUUAUAUCUGCUUUCGCCACGACUGUGCCGCUUUCAUUUCUGUUGUAUUUUUUUUUUAAACGAUAUACAUAUAGACUUCAUACGACUUUUCAAGGCACAUUAAUUAGAAGAAAAUCAAUCUUAUAAUUUUUUUAUGAUGUUUUUAUGUAUUGAAAAGCAUCUUGUAUUAUAUUUUUGUACUUAGAGUAUGAA